GCUUCCUGAAAUAACUUUCCUUAUAUAGCCUCUUUGCUGAUGUGCUCCCCUUCCCAAAACGACGUCUCUGAAACCUUACUUUGUCUCCAUUAACACCCUCUCUUCUCCAAGGUCUUUUGGAAGUGAAGAAAAUGGGGAGGGGGAAGAUAGUGAUAAGAAGGAUUGAUAACUCGACAAGCAGGCAAGUGACCUUCUCAAAGAGGAGGAAUGGAUUGUUGAAGAAAGCGAAAGAACUGGCGAUCCUUUGCGACGCAGAAGUUGGAGUCAUGAUCUUCUCUAGCACCGGCAAGCUCUAUGAUUUCUCCAGCACCAGCAUGAAAUCAGUCAUUGAAAGAUACAACAAAUCAAAAGACGAGCAUCAUCAAAUGGGCAACCCAACCUCUGAAGUCAAGUUCUGGCAAAGGGAAGCAGCAGUGUUGAGACAGCAACUGCAAACCUUGCAAGAAAAUCAUCGGCAAAUGAUGGGUGAACAACUUUCUGGCUUAAGCAUAACAGAUUUGCAGAAUUUGGAGAACCAAUUGGAAAUGAGUCUUCAGGGUGUUCGCAUGAAAAAGGACCAAAUUUUAAUGGAUCAAAUACAAGAACUAAAUAGAAAGGGCAACCUCAUUCACCAAGAAAAUGUUGAACUCUAUCAGAAGGUCUAUGGAACAAGGGACGUAAACAGAGCAAACAGAAAUUCCCUUCUCACAAACGGUCUGGCCAUCGGAGAGGAAUCACAUGCACCUGUCCAUCUCCAGCUUAGCCAGCCACAACAACAAAACCAUGAUACACCAGCUACAAAGUUGGGGUACAAUUUCCUCCACAGCACAAGUAUUUAAAUAUGAUUAUCAAUUACUUUACCAGAGUCUUUGAUGCCAAACUUUUGUCCCCCAUAACUGCAGCAGACUACAACUGCAUUAGCGAAGAUGAGGGAUGCAUCCUCACUGGGAAUGGAUGUUGUGUCAUUUUGAUGGCUCAUAAAUUACAAGAUCAUGCUUCUAUUAUUGCAUUGUGGUAUGUAAGCCUAACCAUUCAAGAAACAUACUUUGGUUUGACAUUACCAAUGGUAAAAACUUUCACACUGCUUGAUGAUCAAGACAGCUAUUAUGUAAAAAAUGAGAUAAUUGUAAUAAAGAGAAGUGACAUUGUGCUGCA